UUAGAUUGAAGAUCUGCAGGAUCAGAACUAAACGAGAACGGAGCAGAACCAGGACUGGAGAUGGACCGGGAUCAGAACCAGGACUCGGAGAUGGACCGGGAUCAGAACCAGGACUCGGAGAUGGACCGGGAUCAGAACCAGGACUCGGAGAUGGACCGGGAUCAGAACCAGGACUCGGAGAUGGACCGGGAUCAGAACCAGGACUCGGAGAUGGACCGGGAUCAGAACCAGGACUCGGAGAUGGACCGGGAUCAGAACCAGGACCAGGAGUCCAGCAUCAGGACCAAAGCGGGAUCUUCCUCUGCUGGUCUGCAGAAACAUAAAGGCAAAGAGAGACCCACAAGUUAUCGUUGUGAUCACUGCAAGAAAGUCCUCACCACUUCAUCAGGUCUGAGAACACAUAAGAUGAUUCACACUGGAGAUAAACCGUUCACUUGUGAUCAGUGUGGAGCAGCUUUUACCCAACAAGGUAGUCUAAUGACUCACCAACGUAUUCACACUGGAGAUAAACCGUUCACUUGUGAUCAGUGUGGAGCAGCUUUUACCAGACGAGAUAGUCUAAAGAUUCACCAACGUAUUCACACUGGAGAUAAAUCGUUCACUUGUGAUCAGUGUGGAGCAGCUUUUACCACUAAAAGUUAUCUAAAGAUUCACCAACGUAUUCACACUGGAGAUAAACCGUUCACUUGUGAUCAGUGUGGAGCAGCUUUUACCAGACGAGAUAGUCUAAAGAUUCACCAACGUAUUCACACUGGAGAUAAACCGUUCACUUGUGAUCAGUGUGGAGCAGCUUUUACCACAUCAAGUUAUCUAAAUAUUCACCAACGUAUUCACACUGGAGAUAAACCGUUCACUUGUGAUCAGUGUGGAGCAGCUUUUACCCAACAAGGUAAUCUCAGGACUCACAAACGUAUUCACACUGGAGAAAAACCGUUCACUUGUGAUCAGUGUGGAACAGCUUUUACUGAGUCAGGUGGUUUAAGCACUCACCAACGUAUUCACACUGGAGAUAAACCGUUCAGAUGUGAACAGUGUGGAGCAGCUUUUACCACAUCAGGUAGUCUAAUGACUCACCAACGUAUUCACACUGGAGAUAAACCGUUCAGAUGUGAACAGUGUGGAGCAGCUUUUACCACAUCAGGUAGUCUAAAGACUCACCAACGUAUUCACACUGGAGAUAAACCGUUCACUUGUGAUCAGUGUGGAGCAGCUUUUACCCAACAAGGUAAUCUCAGGACUCACAAACGUAUUCACACUGGAGAUAAACCGUUCAGAUGUGAUCAGUGUGGAGCAGCUUUUACUGAGUCAGGUGGUUUAAGCACUCACCAACGUAUUCACACUGGAGAUAAACCGUUCAGAUGUGAACAGUGUGGAGCAGCUUUUACCCAACAAGGUAAUUUAAGGACUCACCAACGUAUUCACACUGGAAUUAAACCGUUCAGAUGUGAACAGCGUGGAGCAGCUUUUACCACAUCACGUCAGCUAAAGAGACAUCAACAUACUCACACGAGUGAUAAACUCUAAAGAUGUGAUCAGUAUGAAGUGUGGAAUUGCAAAAAAAACCUCAGCACAAAAAGCAAAAUAAUCAGACAUCAUUCCAAAACUUGAAAGACUAUCAUAUGAUGCCCCCUGGACACCUCCUGGGAAGGUGUUCCUGGCAUGUCCCACCAGGAGAAGAUCCAGGACACACCGGAGGGAAUGUCUUUGGGCUGACCUGGGAACGUCUCUCGAUCCCUCCAGAAGAGCUGGAGGAAAUGUGUGGGGUGAGGGAAGUCUGGACAUCUCUGCUCAGACUGCUGCCCCCGCUAAGCAGUCCCACAUCAAGUGGAUGGAAAUGGAUAGAUGGACAAAAUCCAUAUAUCUGCAAAAAGCACAUAUUUAUUGUUACACCAUUCUGAGAUACAGAAUGUAAUCUAACUAUAGUAUGAACUAUUCCACAAAUACUGCAUUAGCGCAUCUCUAACAUCUCUGCCUUCCUCCUCUCCACCCCGAGCCACUGCCACCACUGGCUGAAGUGGUGCUGCUGCAGGUACAUCCUAUGAUGUUUCAUAAGUCUUUCCAUGACUUUCACACAGAUUAUGCAGUGGACAGGAAGUCAUCACCAUUCAUUUCACCAGUCGGACAUCACAGAAGGCAACCUGCUGAAUUAAUCUUCCACAACCACUCGUGCUCGGUUGACUUUGUGCUUAAACGCAGACUGUUCUGCUGUCAGUCGUCCAGUGUCAUGGAAUGGUUUCAAGAGCCAGUCCCGCAAAGGAUAAGUAGAGUCUCCAAGAAGGAAAUACCCAGCAGUCACUGCAUGUUCCAGAUUUGAGCUAGGAAGAUGUUCCUCCGACUGGCUAGCUCCUGUGUAUGUAUUAUAUAUGUAAUCAACUAUUUGUCAUUGAGAACUGAACUUUCAGGAUCGAUUCCUCGAAUGCUUUGCUAAAUUUGCCCCUUUUAACAUUUCUUGAUAUUUUGAUGUUAAAUCCACUGUUUUUGGCAAUUUCUGUACAUUUAAUAAAUUUCA